AUGGGGCGACCUCAAGGGGAUGCAGCAGCCAGGCAGAAGAGGGCAGACGCAAUCGCAGGCCAGCUCGGGCUUGCGGCGCUUCUUGAAGAAAGAAAGCCCUUGUUGUGCCUGGACAGUGGCAGAGUGGAGAGUGGACAGGCUGGACAGGCUGGACAGGCUGGACAAGGCUCCGAUGGCAAAGAGGUCGCCGAAGCCACACGACAGGAGACAGACAAAGCCCAAAUGGCGCCAUGCAGCCGUGCAUCCUCCAUCAUCAUGCACCCAGCCCAGCACCAAUACACUCGACGCUUGGCCGCCUGA